AUACGUCAUAUGAAAAACGCAACUUUGCUAUUUUAUUGGGAACCAUGUAUAUCCUCAUUCGCAUAUGAUCAAACGGGUCCGCGACUGGCCAUCGGGUAGGUGAUUUUGCGCCAUGAUCCUCUUAGGUAUUGGCACCCGACACCUUCACUAUACCCAAUAGCCCAACUUCAACCAGUCAAAAUACUUGGUCUGUGGCGUUCUUCACGCUGUCCUUCCUUUUUCUCUACAAUAUUUCACGUUUCUUGACCACAUGACAUCAAGCACGAAAUUAGGCAGCAUCUACAGCUCCCGGAUCAAUCUAACUCAUACCAUUAUGCUCUUUCACCAUAUCGACUUAAAAGUUCUAAGUCUAAUACGCCAUCCAAACACGUACCCAUCGGUAGACCCCGAUCUCGCCAAGACCUAUAUAGGAAGGUUCCUGUGUGCAAGCACACCGUUCAUAGAGCACAUGAAAGUCAUCCUUGAGCUUUCGCAUUCUCCACCCAUGCUUUACUUGCUCACACACCGGGCAUACUUGAGUCACUUACAACUUGAAUGGUUCAAGUGGAGCUUUGCGACGGCAACACCCAGCCCGUAUCCGCAGAACCUACCAGGGCUAUGUAUCGUCCUCUUCUCUACCUUUAACGACCCAUAUCUGUAUUUGCCCCUUUGGGUACACGCGCCAGGAGCGUGCAUAUAUCGAGAUCCUGAUGGUUGUAUUACCUGUAUGUGUCCUGCCGGUGCCUCGUAUGCAGGACCCGAUCGAGCGGUUGUGCUGUAUUUUAGACACAAUUUGCAUCCUCUCUCCAGCACUUCCCCUUCGCAAGGUCUAUCCCAGGCCAGCUGAAUGGCUCGGACAUUCCACCGACGUGUGCAUCGCUUGCUUGCCUGCUUGCCAGGACCCAUGCAUGAGUCAUGUCUGAACAGGCCAUAUCCCUGGAUACAGGCCACCAAAUGAGCGUCC